AUUGCCUGUAGAAUUAAACACUGCAUCAUCGUGGGCCGCCUGGAUGGGAAAGUCAUUGUGUUGUCAGCAGGAGCCCAGGGCAUUGGAAGAGCUGCAGCCAUUGCCUUUGCCAAAGAAGGAGCUCAAGUCACCGCAACAGAUAUCAAUGGAGAGAAGCUGAAGGAACUGGAUGGCCACCCUGGUAUCAAGACUAAGGUGGUGGAUGUAACCAAGAAGGACCAAGUGGAAGCGCUGGCCAAGGAGUUUGACCACAUAGAUGUGCUGUUCAAUGUUGCCGGAUUUGUCCAUCAUGGCUCCUUCCUGGAUUGCGAGGAGGCGGACUGGGACUUCACCAUGAACGUCAACGUCCGCAGCAUGUACCUCAUGAACAGGGCUUUCCUGCCCAAGAUGUUGGCCAAGAAGUCUGGGAAUAUCAUUAACAUGGCGUCUGUGGCCUCCAGUAUAAAAGGUGUGGUUAAUCGAUGCGUGAACAGCACCUCCAAGGCUGCUGUCAUUGGGCUCACCAAAUCUAUAGCAACCAAUUUUCUCGAGCAAGGCAUUCGCUGUAACUGCGUAUGUCCUGGGACCGUGGACACCCUAUCUCUGAGGGGGAGAAUCCAGGCUCAGCCUAGUCCAGAACAGGCCCUAAAAGACUUCAUAGCAAGACAGAAGACGGGACGAAUGUGCACUGCCAAGGAGGUGGCACACCUCUGUGUCUACCUGGCCUCAGACGAGUCUGCCUAUGUCACUGGAACUGAGCAUAUCGUUGAUGGAAGGAAGCUCUAG